AUGCGGAGUCGAGGAGGGGUUCAAGUUCAAUUAGGACAGCCCUCAAAAAGUUCCCACGCAGAGCGGAGCAGAAAGAAAAGAAAGAAAAACGCCAGUCGGAGGCGCAGAGCGAGCCAGACAUCCGGUGCCAAAAACAUGGGUUCCGCCGGGAAGACGUGGCUGCUGCUGGCCGGCUUCGUCCUCCUCUACGUGGUCUACCUCCUGUUCGGGGCCCUGGUGUUCUCCAGCAUCGAGCGGCCCGUGGAGGAGAGGCUGCGGCGCGAGCUGGAGCUCGUGCGGGAGGAGUUCCUCAACCACAGCUGCGUCAGCGCCGCGGCGCUGGAGCGCCUGCUGGCCAGGGUCAUCCGGGCCAGCAAGUCCGGCGUGUCCGUGCUCCGGAACGCCUCCGACGGCUCCAACUGGGACCUGGCCUCCUCCAUGUUCUUCGCCAACACCCUGGUCACCACCGUGGGUGAGUCCCUGAACCGGGGAGAACCGGGCCGCGUUUUUACGCAGAAACCAGAUGGAGCGCAAACAAACUGGCACGGCGUCCCGGGCAGUUAA